AUGGCCGUUCCAGCGACGAAGGCGGCGGCAAGCCUCUCAGCGCCGGGCUUCCGCCUGGGAAAGAAAGAGGUCUAUAUGCCCUCCCAUCUCGUCACCCUGCUCCGGAGAAAGAAGAUGCACCCCAACGAGGCCUUCUUCCAAGUUCCCUUGACGUUCACAAAGUUCGAUCUGCGCGAUUACCUGUGGAAUCUCUACAAUGUCGAGGUCACCAGGGUCGGCGUCAUGGUUAAGCAACAAUCUCUGAUCCACCGCACUGGCCUGCAAUCAGUCUACCGUCCCCAACCGUACAAAUUCAUGACCGUCCAACUGGCCAAACCUUUCCAAUGGCCCGAGCUACCGAACAACCCCGAUGCGUUCAUGAAGGAGCUAUUCGAUCGGCGAGAUGAAGCUGCUUACAAGAAUCGCCAAUUGAGCCGGAGCAUUGGCAUAGGCGAGAUUCCGUCCAAGGCCGUUGUGGAAAAUGGAAAGCCCAAGCCGGAUGAUAAGGACAGGGCGGAGUUGAGGAAGUCUGCCCAAGACAUACUUAUGGGCAAGACGAAGUGGCAGAAUGGCGUCGAUUUGGAUCCCAAAUUCAACAGCAUCGCGACGACGUCGAACAAGAAGGAUGGUUCCAAGGAGAUUGUGCACAAGCGGGCGGCCGACGACCGGGUCACGGCGAAAAUGGAGGCUGGCCAAGCAAAGUCUGCAAAGAACCCGGCCCGUGCAGCAGCCGGCCGUCCUGACAAGAAGAGCUCUACGGUGGUGCAGAAGCGAUGGGCCAAGGCGCAAAAGGGACAAUGGUUGCCUUCGGUGAGGGAGUAG